CCAUAGCUUUUAAUCUUGAAAUCAAGUAUUUUUGUUUUCUUUUUUCUUCUUACUUUUGUGCAAAUUCCUGGAAAUAAUACCAUUUUCGGAAUUCCCACUUUUAAAAGAAGUUUCCUUUGUUAGUUUCUUUGUGAUCAUUUGGAUUCUGGGUAAGUCCAUAUCAAAGCCUUUUGAAUUUAAUUUUGAAGUGUUCAAAGUGGGUUUGCUUUGAAAUAUAAAGGGUUGAUCUGUUUCAGAUUGUAAUGCUUUUUGAUCCUGCAUUUUAUUUCUUUUCUACCUGGAGUAAAAACAUGAAUGGUUUUCAUAGGACUUUAUUAUAGUGAUUCAAUGAGCCAAAUGGUGGAGUUUUUCAAAGUUGUAAUAUUUUUCAUCUUUGUCUCUUCAUUUCACGUCUUUUUAACUUACUUUAUGUGUGUUUUUACCGUAAAAAGACAAAAGAUUUUAUUUUUAUGUCUUGGUUAAAGCUUUAAAUGAGCACUGGAUUCUGGUGUCGUUGAUGCACUGAUCUUUGUUUUUGUUAGUUUGAAGGUUAGUUGAAGGACGUUCAUCAUGUUCAGGCUUUCACCUCGUAGGAACCAAAGAUCCAAAGGUUUCAAGGUAAAGCAUGUUUUACAAAUAUGUCUUCUGGUUGGUGUUUGCAUCUGGCUGCUUUACCAAGUUAGGCACUCCAAUGACAAGAAAGCGGCGUACCAGAAAUCUGGAAAUGAAGUCAUAAAGAUGGGGAGAAAGGACCUUCCUCAAGCGGAGGAAACAACUGUUAAGGAUGCAAGGCACAAAGAGGAAGAAAGCAAGAAUGCAGACGAAGAGAACAAGGCUGACGAAACUGAAAAUGAAGGAGACGAUGCAAUUCAUGGGCAUGAUAAUGAGAAACCUGAGGAGGAAACUGAGCGCAGAGAAAUUUCAAUUGAUGAAGAAAGUAGGAACAACGACAGUGAAGAGAAGGAGAUAGAAGAGAGCAAAGAAAAAGAAAAUGAAGAGAGCAAAGAGGACAGUGAAAACAAGGAGAGUGAACUCAGCCCCGAGGACAGUGAAAAUAAGGCUACUGAGGAGACACAAGAGGCCAAUAAUGAAGAGAAAGAAAACACGGAGGAGAGUCAAGAAAAGGAAAAUGAACAGAUUGGGGAAGAGAGUAAUAAAAUGGAAAGCAACGAGAAAGAGACAGAAGAGAGUGAAGGUGACAUAGAGAAUUCCGGUAGUUCAGGUGAUCAGGUUCAGGAUGGAAUGGACAUGAAUAAUGCAGAAGCCAGAGAGGAACAUUACAAGGGGGAUGAUGCUUCCAGUGAAGUAGUCCAUGAUAUCCAACAUGAAGCAGUUGAGAAUGAAACGAGCGGUUCAGAAAAUUCCAAUGAUUCAGAGCAGUUGGAAAACAUAGAUAACAAUGAAUUUGACCAAAAGAGCAAAACAGAUAACUCUGAAGCAGCCAAUGUCCAUCAUGAUGAUUCAAAUGUGCAAGAAAAUGAAACAACUGAAAACAAUCAAGAGAGUGGUAAUGAGAGCACUCAGGCUGAGUCGAAAGAAGAUUCCCAUCCUGGUUUCAUUAUAGCUACAGAAUCAAAUGGGCACGGGGAUGGGACAGAUACAACACCCAAUACAACUAAGAAUGAAAAUGAUAUAGUUCUACAAUCUGAGAAAUCUGACUUGGGUGGCAAUGACGAGCAAUCAGAUUCAAAUGCAACUCCAACAUCAACUAAGAACGGGGAUGGAGUUAAUGGAGGUUCUACUAACUCUGUAUCUGUUGAGUCAAAUGGACAGACUGAGAACUUCAAUGCAUGGACAGGAUCAGACAGCAAUUCUGCACCUUCAAUUACAAGCCAAAAUGAUAACACAGUUCACAGCGAGGAAUCCAACAAAAUUUCUGGUGGACAGGGGACACAAGAAAAUGUUCUGUUGUUAAGCACAAAUGAUAAUGCUGGCGCAGGUCAGAAUGAGAAUGAUAGUGGUGACACCAACAAUGACACAAAUGCAGGUGGGAAAGACAGCAGCGCUGACAAUCAGAGCAAUGCCAACAACAAUGCAAACGCAAAUGAAGAUGUUUCUCAAAAGGAUAAUAAUUCCAAUGAAAAUGAAAAUACUGCCCAGAGCAACAUCAACAACAACAACAACAAUGAAAAUGCAGGUCAGAAUGAGAACAAUGCUGCUGCUCAGAGCUAUAACAACAAUGAAAAUUUGGGUCAGAUUGAGAAUAAUGCUUCUCAGAACUACAACGACAACAAUGAGAAUGCAAGUCAGAAUGAGAACAACGAUGCUGUUAAGAGCAACACCAACAGCAGUGAAUCCACAAGUCAGAAUGAGAAAAAUGCCCGUCAGACCUACAAUUAUGAAAAUGCAGGUCAGAAUGAGAACAAUAAUGCUGCUCAGAGCUACAGCGACAACAAUGGAAAUUCGAAUGAGAACAAUAACGCUCCACAGAGCUACACCGACAACAAUGGAAGUGCUAAUUACGAUGUAAAUUCAGACCAAAAAGAAUCAGUUGCAUCUUCAAAUUCAUCAGAUGCAUCGUUAAAUACAGAUGAAAACAGUGAUGCCAGCCAGAAUAAUCCCAAUGUUUCUUCUAAUUUUUCAACUCCUGAAGAAGUGAAAGAAUAUCAAGCGGAUUUGAGGACUUUACCGGAUACCAGAAUUAAGGGGAAUAACGGUGAGAAUGCAGCCGCAGAGUGAAAUCCCUAAUGGUUUAUUGUUCAGUACAUGACAAUUACUGUCAUUAAAUUUUUGUUUUCUUCUUCCCGAGAUAAUCAGGUAAUUGUAAGUUCUUGGCUACUUCUUGUGCUUUAUUGUGAUAUUACUGUUAAAAAAUAUUAUUUUUGUACUUGCAGAUUUGUAUUUACGAUGAUCGACGUUCCAAGUUUUCAUAAGCCUCAUAUGUAGUUUUAAAUUGUGUUCCACUGUCUCGCAAAAAUGAAGGUCUUAGCAAUAGAAAAUCCUCAAGUUUUUCUGCAAAUGUGUCUAGUUGCUGCA